GGGUGGCCCGGAGAGCCACGGUGAUCAACAGGAUCCGCUCCUCGCAGAGCAACGUGCUGCUGCUGGACGCCGGAGACCAGUUCCAGGGGACAGUCUGGUUCAAUUACUACAAAGGAGCCGAGGCUGCACACUUCAUGAACAAACUGCGUUAUGAUGCCAUGGCUUUUGGAAAUCAUGAGUUUGAUAAUGGAGUGGAGGGGCUCAUGAAACCGUUCAUGGAGAAGAUCAAGUGUCCUGUUCUCAGCGCCAACAUCAAACCCGAUGAAACUCUGGCCGCCACGUUUGGCAGCUCUUUCUUACCUUAUAAGAUACUGACAGUAGGCAGCGAGAGGGUGGGCGUGGUGGGAUACACAUCACAGGAAACUCCUGCUCUGUCCAAACCUGGACCACACUUGCGAUUUGAGGACGAGGUGACCGCCCUGCAGCUGCAGGUGGACAAGCUGCAGACGCUGGGCGUGAACAAGAUCAUCGCUCUGGGUCACUCCGGGUUCACCGUGGACCAGGAGAUCGCCAGGAAGGUCCGCGGGGUCGACAUCGUCAUCGGCGGACACACAAACACCUUCCUCUUCACAGAUCCGGACUUUCUCGCCGACGUGGAGGAAUGGAAAAAGAAUCUGGCCAACUACUCGGCUCAGGUGGUGGGACAGACUCUGGUCUUCCUGAACGGGACCACCGAAGAGUGUCGGUUUCGGGAAUGCAACCUGGGAAACCUGAUCUGCGACGCCAUGGUCAACAACAACGUCAGAUUGUCAGACGAUGUCCAGUGGAGCCACAUCAGCGCCGCCAUCUUUAACGGAGGAGGCGUUCGCACGUCUGUAGACGAAACCACCAGGAACGGUUCGAUCACCAUGGAGGACCUGAUCUCUGUCUUACCUUUUGGAGGAACAUUUGACCUGGUGCAGCUGAAGGGCUCCACGCUGAGAAAAGCUUUCGAACACUCAGUGAAACGAUACGGCCAGAGCACCGGAGAAUUCCUACAAGUGUCUGGAUUUCAUGUAGAGUUUGACCUCUCCAAACCUCCGGGGCAUCGCGUGAGGAGCCUCAGCGUCCUCUGCACAAAGUGUCGAGUUCCUCACUAUGAACCCGUUGAGGACAAGACAGUUUACACCGUGGUGCUGCCAUCCUACAUGGUGGUGGGCGGAGAUGGAUUCUCCAUGAUCAAAAACGAGACGCUCAGACACAACAGUGGGGAUUUGGACAUUUCAGUCGUGUCCAACUACAUUGCACAAAGAAAAAAGGUUUACCCGUCUGUUGAGGGACGCAUCAAGAUCUACAACUCAGCUUCUGGACUGCUGGGACAGACGGCUUCACUGGUUUUAUUGGUUUCACUGUGGCUGCUCUGGACUCUGGAUUUUUAACCGAACUGCACAUGAAGAAUUGCUGAUGGAUGUGAUUCUACGCGACUGAAAAUCUAUUUUAAUUCUGUUAUACAGUCAUUUUAAAACAAACGCGGAGCUUUAGUGGUCAAAAACAAUCUGGUUGGAGCGUCUUCAGACUCCAUGUGGACCAAGUUUGGACACAAACAGAAGGAAAUCCUCAAAUUUCUAACCAGAAACAUGAAAUAAAACCUCUUUACACAAGAA